CCGUCCACGGCAGACCUCCUCAGUGACCAAGAGCAAGCAAAACCUGCGAGAACACAGCCAACAUGCCUGUUGAUCUGAACGGAUACUGGAAAAUGAUUUCUAAUGACAACUUUGAGGAGUACCUCAAGGCUCUUGAUGUGAACAUUGCCAUCAGGAAAAUUGCAACCUUGUUGAAGCCUGACAAGGACAUCAGCCACGACGGGGACCACAUAAUCAUCAAGACCCUCAGCACCUUCAAAAACUACAACAUGGACUUCUAUGUGGGCAAGGAGUUUGAGGAGGAUCUGUCUGGAGUGGACGACAGGAAAUGCGUGACCACAAUCACUUGGGAAGGAGACAAGCUGUUGUGUGUGCAGAAGGGAGAGAUUGAAGGAAGAGGCUGGACCCACUGGGUGGAAGGAGAUGAGCUUCAUUUGGAGCUGAGAGCUGCAGGAGUUGUUUGCAAGCAGGUGUUCAAGAAGACUUAAGGUGGUUCAUGAAGAACAAGGCUGCAGCUCAGCUGAUUUCACUGGUUCACGCACUCACACACACACACACACACACCAGACACGUCCCAUGACUCUGACACACCUUCUGACCCAUUUCAUACUUGAUAUAUGAUCUGGUUACCAUUUUUCUGGAGAAGCUGUUGCCGUUUCUCAACAGCACCAAUAUUUAUUUGUAUUACAGGAACUACGUCAGUGUUGCAUCAGAAAGAAUGCAUUCCUGUAUGUUUAUCUUAAUGUGGGUGCUCUUUACAUGUUUAGAUGUGUUGGAUUCAUGCAAUAUGCAUGUUUAGCUGCUGUGAUGGGAGAGCCAAACUGAUAAUACAGCACACGUAUAGUAUGGCCUGUGGUAAAUUUAAUUCAUGGAAGACUGGCACAGUUGGAGCCAGUGAAGAGAGGAGAGGAGUAGUAUAAGGCAAAGGGUUAAUUCAUUUUGGUUCUCUGAAUAAUUUAUGAUCUUAAGUUUGGUUCAGGACUGUGAACUCAUUGGUGAAUGAAGGAAUAUCAGAUGUGAUACAUGUACAUAUGUCCCUCCUAAAUCCUUUGGGACGGUGUAAUUGAUUGUAAAAUGACUCAAUCAAUAAAUUAUUCAGUGCUCAACCA